CAAAUCAGCUUUAACCUCGCCAAGAUUGCGUCCCCUAAGUCCUUGGUUUGUUUGCCAUCUCAUUUUUGGGCAGCAAGACAAGUCACCUCUGUAUUAUCCAACGGCUCAGCAUCAUUUUUUGCAACGAUGAACCGGCCAAAUCGGCCUCGAAAUCGGCAACCUCGCCCCCCACGUCAACAGCAGAAUAACCAACGAGGAGGCUCAUCACGGCCAUCUCGCGCACCUGCAACACCACAGCAAGCAUCAGGCACAGUCCCAACAGUACAGCAAGUCAUUCCUGGAGCUUCAGUAUUCAUCAUUCUGAAAGAAGACCAGCCCACAGGAGAAGAGACAAAAGGAAUAGUGCAGGAUAUCCUCACGCGGGGCAAUCAUCCACGAGGUAUCAAAGUACGACUGCAGGAUGGUCAGGUGGGCCGAGUACAGAGAAUGGGCAACACAGCUGCAGCGACGGGAGAGACGGGAAGUCAGACGCAGUCAACGAGAUUUACUAUGCGAUACACGGAUGUGAGGCGAGACGAUGAGUUUGCUACUGGACCUCCACCAAGGAGUUUGGCGGAUUUCAUACCGGAUUUUGAUGAGGGUUUGGGGAGUGCUCCGAGUGCUGGCGUUGGAACGGUCAAGUGUCCGUUUUGUGAAGGGUUUGAGGGAGAUGAGGCGGCUGUUACACAUCAUAUUGAUCGGGAACAUUUAUCGUAAUUGGAUGUCGAAGCUGAGUUUGUUUAUAUGCUUGAGCUUGGGCGAACAAGUUCUUAAAGGGUGUUUGGAUGUGGAUUGGCACAUAUCCAAUGGAUGAGGAUAUGGGUUGCCUGUAUAAGUUGUUGUGUAUUUGGAAUAGUUUCUCGAGAUUCCAUAACAAGGGUUAUGAUUUACUGAGUAUGAUUCCGAUUAUAGAUGAGGGUAAAUGAUUUCUCAGGUUUGUUCUUCCUCGUUUAUUUCCACGAACCUUAUGAUAAGUUUACAGGCGUCCCUGUCAGACCUGCUUGCACAUGCAGCGUGCUAUAAUUGAGCUC